ACUCGACAACGGAGAACUUCACAAAGUUGCGCACGAUUACAAGACAAUAAACGAUUCACAUAAAAUGAUUGCAUGUUUAUAAUCAGACGUUGCCGAGACUGCUUAGCUGAAAAAAACAAAACAAAAACAAAAAAACACACACGGGCGAUAAAAUGCCCGAAAUCAAAGUAACACCGCUGGGUGCUGGACAGGAUGUUGGACGCAGCUGCAUUAUCGUCUCCAUCGGAGGCAAAAACAUCAUGCUGGACUGCGGAAUGCACAUGGGAUACAAUGACGAUAGACGCUUCCCAGACUUCUCUUACAUCAUUCAGAAUGGGCGCCUGACAGACUUUUUGGAUUGUGUGAUCAUCAGUCAUUUCCAUUUGGACCACUGCGGCGCUCUGCCCUACAUGAGUGAGAUGGUGGGAUACGACGGACCGAUCUACAUGACGCACCCCACCAAAGCCAUCUGCCCCAUCCUGCUGGAGGACUUCCGCAAGAUCACUGUGGACAAGAAGGGAGAGACCAACUUCUUUACCUCGCAGAUGAUCAAGGACUGCAUGAAGAAGGUUAUCCCUCUGAACCUACACCAGACUGUCCAGGUGGAUGACGAGCUAGAGAUCAAGGCAUACUAUGCGGGCCACGUUCUGGGUGCUGCCAUGGUGCAGAUCAAAGUGGGCUCAGAGUCUGUGGUCUACACUGGCGACUAUAACAUGACACCAGACAGACAUUUGGGUGCCGCUUGGAUCGACAAGUGUCGUCCAGACAUUCUCAUCUCAGAGUCAACUUAUGCCACCACCAUCCGGGACUCCAAGCGGUGCAGAGAGAGAGACUUCCUGAAGAAAGUGCAUGAAUCCAUAGAACGAGGAGGAAAAGUUCUCAUCCCAGUGUUUGCCCUUGGAAGAGCCCAGGAACUCUGUAUCCUCUUGGAAACAUUUUGGGAGAGAAUGAACCUGAAGGCUCCAAUCUACUUUUCCACGGGUCUGACAGAGAAAGCCAAUCAUUACUACAAGUUGUUCAUCACAUGGACCAACCAGAAGAUCAGGAAAACAUUUGUGCAGAGGAACAUGUUUGAAUUCAAGCAUAUCAAAGCCUUUGACCGCUCGUAUGCUGACAACCCAGGACCCAUGGUGGUGUUUGCAACACCUGGAAUGCUGCACGCCGGACAGUCACUGCAGAUCUUCAAGAAAUGGGCCGGCAAUGAGAAAAACAUGGUUAUCAUGCCAGGUUACUGCGUGCAAGGAACCAUUGGACACAAGAUCCUGAAUGGACAGAAGAAACUGGAGAUGGAAGGCAGAGUGACAUUGGACGUGAAGCUACAGGUGGAAUACAUGUCCUUUAGCGCCCACGCCGACGCCAAGGGCAUCAUGCAGCUCAUCCGCAUGGCCGAACCUCGCAACAUGCUGCUUGUGCACGGCGAGGCAGUCAAGAUGGAGUUCCUUAAGGGCAAGAUCGAGCAGGAGUUUAGUAUCGACUGCUACAUGCCGGCUAACGGCGAGACCACUACAGUGACUACAAAUCCCAAAGUUCCAGUUGAUAUGUCGCUUAACCUUCUCAAGAGGGAAAUGGCACUAGGAGGACCUUUACCUGAUCCCAAGAAACCACGCAUCAUGCACGGAACCCUUAUCAUGAAAAAUAAUAGUCUCAAGUUGGUGUCCUCAGAACAAGCCCUGAAGGAGCUCGGACUCAACGAGCAUCAGCUGCGAUUCACGUGUCGUGUGCAGCUCCACGACCCGCACAGUGACACUGACACACUUCGAAGAAUAUACACGCACCUCAAGAGUGUCUUAAAGGGGUACGCCAUCCAGCACCUUCCCGAUGGCACUGUCAUGGUGGAGUCUAUCGUCAUCAAAGUGUCGUCAUCACCGGAAGAAACCAAUACAAAGGUCAUCCUGCUUUCCUGGAGUUACCAGGAUGAAGACCUUGGGAGCUUCCUUUCAACUCUGCUGAAAAAAGGGCUUCCAUCUGGACUUUGAUAAAAUUACUAAUAUGA